CUAGCCCAGGAUCCCCACCUCAGUUCUCAGCUUCUUCCUAGGAAGAAGAGAAAGGCCAGCAAGGGCCCAGCCUGUCUGGGAGUGUCAGAUUUCAAACUCAGCAUUAGCCACUCAGUGCUGUGCAAUGCUAGGGACCUGCCUUAGACUCCUGGUGGGCGUGCUCUGCACUGUCUGCAGCUUGGGCACUGCUAGAGCCUAUCCGGACACUUCCCCAUUGCUUGGCUCCAACUGGGGAAGCCUGACCCACCUGUACACGGCUACAGCCAGGACCAGCUAUCACCUACAGAUCCAUAGGGAUGGUCAUGUAGAUGGCACCCCCCAUCAGACCAUCUACAGUGCCCUGAUGAUUACAUCAGAGGACGCCGGCUCUGUGGUGAUAACAGGAGCCAUGACUCGAAGGUUCCUUUGUAUGGAUCUCCACGGCAACAUUUUUGGAUCGCUUCACUUCAGCCCAGAGAAUUGCAAGUUCCGCCAGUGGACGCUGGAGAAUGGCUAUGACGUCUACUUGUCGCAGAAGCAUCACUACCUGGUGAGCCUGGGCCGCGCCAAGCGCAUCUUCCAGCCGGGCACCAACCCGCCGCCCUUCUCCCAGUUCCUGGCUCGCAGGAACGAGGUCCCGCUGCUGCAUUUCUACACUGUUCGCCCACGGCGCCACACGCGCAGCGCCGAGGACCCACCGGAGCGCGACCCACUGAACGUGCUCAAGCCGCGGCCCCGCGCCACGCCUGUGCCUGUAUCCUGCUCUCGCGAGCUGCCGAGCGCAGAGGAAGGUGGCCCCGCAGCCAGCGAUCCUCUGGGGGUGCUGCGCAGAGGCCGUGGAGAUGCUCGCGGGGGCGCGGGAGGCGCGGAUAGGUGUCGCCCCUUUCCCAGGUUCGUCUAGGUCCCCAGGCCAGGCUGCGUCCGCCUCCAUCCUCCAGUCGGUUCAGCCCACGUAGAGGAAGGACUAGGGUACCUCGAGGAUGUCUGCUUCUCUCCCUUCCCUAUGGGCCUGAGAGUCACCUGCGAGGUUCCAGCCAGGCACCGCUAUUCAGAAUUAAGAGCCAACGGUGGGAGGCUGGAGAGGUGGCGCAGACAGUUCUCAGCACCCACAAAUACCUGUAAUUCUAGCUCCAGGGGAAUCUGUACUCACACACACACACAUCCACACACACACACACACACAUACAUGUAAUUUUAAAUGUUAAUCUGAUUUAAAGACCCCAACAGGUAAACUAGACACGAAGCUCUUUUUAUUUUAUUUUACUAACAGGUAAACCAGACACUUGGCCUUUAUUAGCCGGGUCUCUUGCCUAGCAUUUUAAUCGAUCAGUUAGCACGAGGAAAGAGUUCACGCCUUGAACACAGGGAAGAGGCCAUCUCUGCAGCUUCUAGUUACUAUUCUGGGAUUCACGGGUGUUUGAGUUUGAGCACCUUGACCUUAAUGUCUUCACUAGGCAAGUCGAAGAAAGACGCGCAUUUCUUCUCUUUGGGAAGAGCUUUGGAUUGGCGGGAGGCUGACAAGGACACCUAAACCGAACACAUUUCAGAGUUCAGCCUCCCUGAGGAAUGAUUCGCCAAUGAUUCUGUGAUAGGACCAGUCAGUAGCUUUUGAAUUUGCCCUGGCUCAGCAAAGUCUACCUUGCUAGGGUGUUUUGCAAAAUGCAAACGCUCGAACUCUCUCUAAAGAGGCAUUUUUAGUGAAAGCCUCCGCUAGCAGGUUGACUUGUAAUAUAUUCUAAGCGAAUGUGCCCGGGGUGGGGGUGGAGGUGGGGUGGGGGAGAAGGGUCCUUGAGACCUCGGAUUGUUCUAGGUUAGGGUUUCUGUGAAGAGGAAAGGGAAAAAAGAGGUUUUUUUUUUUUUGUUUUGUUUUGUUUUUUUGUUUUUUUGUUUUUUUUAAGUUUGUUUUUGUUUUCCUAAGUAAAAUGGGAUCCAGGAUUAGCUAGGUAGAGUCAGGGGAGGACUCCUGCAGGAGCUAACCCCAAAAUGGCAGCUACUCUUGGGAACUUUUAGGGCAUUAAACAAAGACAUCUUUCAUUUGUCCCAGAAACUCCAGGGCUGUCCUGGGGUGAGCAUAGCCUCACAGUGAACAGCAAGAAGUGUUAGGCAGGCUUUAAGGUUCUCCCCGCUUCUGCACCUUAGCUGGUAAUCGACUUCAACAAAGGGCACCUCCUGUCUACCUCUAUUUAAAUGAGAAUCAGAAGGGCACAGUAAUGGCCCAGUCCUUCAGACAGCUUUGAGUUUUCCACUGUCUUCCUGUACACAGCCUUAGAAAUGGAUCCACUGCUCUUGCUUGUCAGAUGAACAGCAGGCAACAAUAGCAGGCAACUCGGCCAGUUCCACCCCUGAAGUACUAACGCUGUGCACAGCAGUAGAUGCCAUGAACCCCAACCCUUUUCCGCACUGGCUUUCACUUCCCAUUGGGGUACUAGCCUGUACACCAGCUACCAGAAGCCUCCCCACUGAGGCAACCACGUGGGAAACCCCAGAAAGAACUUGAGUAGCAAACUGGCUGUAAACUCACAAGCCCAGAACCACCGCGGGGCUUUCUUUUUUGGCAGAGCCAAGGUCAUCUUGUAAUUCCUUAGGUCCCUUCACAUGUGGCAAUAUUUAUUUAUUUAUUUGAAAGAUUUUUGCCUAUCACUCUAUAUUUAUAGUUAUUUAUAAAAUCUAACCCCACUUCUGUCCUUGUGUUUUAAAUAAAAAUAAGACUUCUCUCA